CGAUCGGAGUUUCAGUUUAUAAUCAGCCAUUAGACUCGCCUCAGGAAUCUUCGUCGUUCGAUAUGGCCUUCAUCGUGACGACGCAACAAUUGCGAUCCCGAUCGGUACAGUCGAUCGGGAGAUACACUGCAAGCCCUUCGUCAUCUUUCAUGCAGCUCGUCCGACCAAGUCAACGAGCUUCUUCGUCCUCCUCGUCAGCAGCAGCGAAGGCUGAAGUGACACAGAAAGAUGGAACGCAAGUGGCGAACCAAGACGUCGUUGAAAAGCCGGGGGAGAAGGCUGGGAAAGCGACAUCAGCUUCAGGGAAACGAUUGACCAAGGCGCAGCAACAGAUGCUGGACAACGGGGCUCGGCUGGCUCAAGCGAUCAACUCGGGGGUAUCCUAUGACGAAGUACCAGUACGAGAAGAAGAAGAGGCCCCAUCAUUAUCAUCACCAUCAUCCGAUCCGUCAUCUGCAGAGCCUUCAGACAUCCCACGCCCUUCACCGACAGGCGACCGAACUACCGACUUCCUCGCCCUCGUCACCGCCUCCCUCACCCCUCCGCCUCAACCGAACAUCUCCCCGGACCUCCGUACCCUGCUCACAUGCCGCCCCACCAGGCCUCCUCGUCCUCAUCACAAACAAUACGAAUGGAACUACAACGGUCAUUUCGAAAAGCUCUCUCGUUCCUUCUUGCGUGAACAGCUCGUCAGCAUGUACGAAGAGCUCAGGAACGAAGAGAUCGGAGUCUUGAGCGGGAUGGACGCGGAUCUCGUAGGAGGGAAAGAAGCUCCGGGUUUGCCGGUACUGAAGCGGAGUGCGAAGAAGAAGGAGAUCAUCGAGUGCAUCUUGAGGCAGUGGGGAUGGCCGACGAUGAAGGAGGUCAGGAAGGAGAAGAAGAUCAGGCAGGAGAACUGGAAGAGGGUGGAUAAGCCGUUCCCGCUUUCCCCUGCCGAGGACUAUUUCCUGCGUCGAGAACCCAAUUUCAUCCGCGACCUCGCUGGAAGAAACAUGCUGAAUCUGACGCUCGCUCGAGUGCCUGUUACCGCUACCUCUUCUUCUGGCUCUGAUGAUGCCGACGCUUCUACCUCUGGCGAACCCACGCCCACUCCCACCACCGCGGGCGAGGAACCGACCUACAAGACCCAGCUCAUGAUCAAGGGCCGAUCGUUCGACGUCCAACAGUUUGAAUCGGGCGUCAAGCUCAAGUUUGCAAAAUUGUGCGAACAGACGGUCUCCGGCGAAGUGUUCGGUCCCGGGUUGGAACAGUUACACGAGACGAUCUCGGUCAUGGCGAAUGCAUUUGUGGAAAAGACAGAAGGCGGGAACGUCAAGAUCAGCUACAUGGACACCGCAGAUCGAGACCGGGCGAUCGAGCUGCUACAGGCCGCCCGGAGACACUUGGCUACAUCAGAACCGACCUCGCGGGCCGAGAUCGUUGCGCUCCGUCCCCCCACCUCUGAUCAGCCGCACGCCUUGUACCCUUAUCUUCCUCCUACCGCAUACGUGCCCUCCGCCCUGAGCGCGUCGAGUAAAGUCGCAAAAGCAGAUGUAGGGUCGGACUGGUUCCUCGCGGGACAGAGCUGGUUCCGAAUAAGAAGGGUCGGCAGGUGGUUUGAGCGCGGGGGUGAAGAGCCACAGUCGGAUGGGAUCGUCACCAUCAGCGGAAAGGUCGAAGCCAAGACAUUAGAAGAAUUUGAGAAGGGCGAUCAGCCGGAUUGGCUCAAGCUGGUAACGACGAUAGAAUACGGACAACUCGUCUUCUCAUCCGGGAACGCCGGGAACACUACCUGGACACCACCGAUCGACGGCGAAAAGACGCUUGAGGAGCUGAACAAGGAGAUCAGCGGAAACUCGCUCUCGACGGUCUUCCUCCCCGGAUCCGUUUCACCGUUACACGAUGUGGAAGCGUUCGCCCUCCCUCCACUCAGACGGAUGAGGCUCCGGUAUGAGGAGAAGGCCGAACAGCUGGAUAGCGAUUGGAGACCGUUCAUGGAAGUCGAGUAUGAUCUGCCAGAAUCAUCGGGGAGCAGGAUGGACGACGAUGAGCAAGUAUCGCCUAUUCGAGGGUCCGCUGGACGGGAACAGGUGCAGUAUUGUCUGCGACCUGCCAGUGAUACCGAUAUUCGCAUCCGCAGGCGUUUCAACAGGCCUCUUUCGCCUGACGAGGUUCCAGGAUCGAUCAAGAGGUUCUGCGAGACCUUGUCGGCCGAUUCCGCUGUAUCCUCACCCGAAAGACCGCCAACGGAAGUCAUUUUCGAUGGCAAGACGUGCCAGCUAAAAAGCGCUACGAGACUCGAUACGUACCAAGGGUCAGAGGAAGCUCAAAAGCAAUCUGCAAUCUUUGAGCAUCCAACCGACAUCUUUACCGGUAUCAAAGGUUCCCGGAUGGAGGAAAAGGCUGCUGGCGCCGACAUCGCCACUCUACAUAAGCUAGCAUGAUGUUGGUUCUAGAAUUUACAUGAUAUACAACAUUCGUUACUACAUGCAUCGGGUAUUUGUACCAUAUUGUUCACACCAUGCAAUACACCUCAUCAGCAU